CUGCGGGACGCUGACCUUAUUGGCCGGCUCAGGAACAGGGAGGUGUGGAGAAAAGCCUGAAAAACCAAACAAACUUCCCUUCAGCCCAGCGCAGGAACAGACCCGACGCACACAGACCUUAUUCAACCCUUUUCAACUUAAAAACAAGAAGCAAACCCUGCGGCCAGAAUGUCUGCAGCCAAGCGUGCCAAAGGAAAGACCACAAAGAAGCGGCCGCAGAGGGCCACGUCCAACGUCUUCGCCAUGUUUGACCAAUCACAGAUCCAGGAGUUCAAAGAGGCCUUCAACAUGAUCGAUCAGAACAGAGACGGAUUCAUCGAUAAGGAGGAUCUACACGACAUGCUGGCCUCUCUGGGGAAGAACCCGUCUGACGAGUACCUGGAGGGAAUGAUGAGCGAAGCUCCAGGUCCCAUCAACUUCACCAUGUUCCUCACCAUGUUUGGAGAACGUCUGAACGGCACCGAUCCUGAAGACGUCAUACGAAACGCCUUCACAUGCUUUGACGAAGAUGCUUCUGGUUUCAUCCAUGAGGACCAUCUCCGCGAGCUGCUGACCACCAUGGGUGAUCGUUUCACAGAUGAAGAAGUGGACGAGCUGUUUCGCGAGGCGCCAAUCGACAAGAAAGGAAACUUCAACUACGUGGAGUUCACUCGCAUCCUCAAACACGGGGCCAAAGACAAGGACGACAUAUAAAACACAGCAGCAGAUUCAUAUGUACCUCAGGAUCUAAUGAUACUGAUGAUUCAACAGUUCAGUCUUUUCACUUCAGACAAUAAGAAACCACACUGCAAUGCACUAGAAACCACUCAAAAUGCCUUAGCAUAUAUUUCACAUUGUGUUGCCGAGUGCUGCAUGUGCGAACAUACUUUAGAGCCUGUAUUCGUUUUUUCUUUCUUCGUCUCUCCAGAUGAAAUAACCUGUUGUGUGUGAGACUGAAGCAGAUAAUUAUACUCAUCGUAUCUACAGAAGCCAAUUUAGAAGUCCAAAAACAUCCUUUAACAUGAAGAUAGGUUUGAAGUUCAAGAUAUUAAGAAGCUUCACAAUAUAGUUUUGCUGAUUUCAUGUAUUAAGAAUAAAGUUUGUACAUUUCAGAAUAAGUCCUAUAAGAAAUUGAAUUAAUUAGCAAUUAGCAUCAUUUUAAAAUAAAGACGUUUUUCCACUUUA